GGCGGCUGCUCGCCGCUGCGGCGGCUCGGCGGGGGCGCGAAAGGUGCCUCCGCCGCCGCUGCCGCCGCCUGGGCCUGAGACAAGAUGGCGGCGCUGGGCGGCGAGUUCUUCAGUGUGGGCAGCCAAGUGUCGUGCCGGACCUGCCAGGAGCAGCGGCUGCAGGGCGAAGUCGUGGCCUUCGACUACCCCAGCAAGAUGCUAGCGCUCAAAUGCCCUUCUUCGAGUGGCAAGCCGAACCAUGCUGAUAUCUUGCUUAUAAACUUACAGUAUGUUUCACAAGUGGAAAUUAUUAAUGACCGCACAGAAACCCCCCCACCUUUAGCUUCACUCAAUGUUAGCAAGCUUGCGAACAAAGCACGGAUGGAGAAGGAAGAAAAGCUGAGCCAGGCAUAUGCAAUUAGUGCUGGGGUCUCUUUGGAAGGACAGCAGCUUUUCCAGACUAUACACAAGACUAUUAAAGAUUGUAAAUGGCAAGAGAAGAAUAUAGUUGUGAUGGAAGAUGUUGUCAUUGCCCCUCCAUACCAGGUGGAAAACUGUAAAGGCAAAGAGGGGAGUGCCCUAAGUCACGUACGCAAAAUAGUUGAGAAACAUUUUAGAGAUGUCGAAAGCCAAAAGGUGAUGCAACGUUCACAAGUCCAGCCAACACAGAAGGAAAGCGCCCUCUCGUCCUGAGUCCUGCCUGCCCUUCCUUGGUUGCGACUGAUUGCUCCUGCGGGGGGUGGGGUGGGGUGGGGAUACCCUUCGAACACGCAGCAGCAGAUGACAUAGACUUCUUCAAAAAGAGGUCGGGGGAGGGCAGGGGGGUUCCACUUCUGUUUUUGUGGUGGCUCCGUAAUGAUGGGACCCACAGCUUCUGAACUUUAGACUUCAAAAACAAGAGAAUAAUUUAAACACUCAUUCAUUACUUGACUAACUGAUUCUUUAAUUUUUGCCCACCAGGUUUAUUCCCCUUAGAACAGUCAGCUGAGUUUUGAGUUUUCUCUCCCUCCCAGAACUCUCUCAUUGUUUUUUAGCUUUACUGAAAUUGAUUCCACACCAAAUCCCCUCUUCUUCCUGUACCAUAGGAGAAUUCAGCUCCCCCAUGUCGUCUUAUUAAAAAAAAUAGAGGAAAAAAAAAAGGAAAAUUAACAAGCUGACUGUGGUAAUGUAAUCGGGACCUUUUGUGUGACUGGCGAUCUUGUUUUGGUUUUUGUUUGCACAGGGCAAGGUUUGAAUUAGCCUUAUUUUUCUUAUCUCAAAAUUAUAUAUAUAUAAAUAUAUAUAUAAAAUGUCCUUUAAAUAUUUUCUGCUUCUUGCAGUACUCUGAAAUGGGAUCAUGGCAAAAAAAAAUAUUCAAAAUUAACUAUCAGACCUUCCGCAGUGGGCAUUUAUAUGCGUAAUUAUGGGGGUCAGAUGCAUUUUGAAGCUAGGCCUUACCCUCCCAGGGUAUGGCAGUGGAAAGGCAAACAGACAUUUAAUCUGCAGGCCUUAUUUCCUUAGAAUUUCACAAGUUGAUUUUUUAAAAAGUACUUUCCCAUAAAUCUGAGUUCUGUAAUACCAUUAUAUUGGCAUGUCUUUUACCUCACAGCCUACAGUACUGCUGGAGAAAUUUUGUUCCUCUCAGACAGCUGGGGUUGGGGUUUUGCUAGCUUUCCCUCCCAUGUGCUUUUGAUCUUUUGAAACCAAACCAGAGAUUCAAGAGGGGGCAUGAAAAGGUAUGGGCUAAGUACAUCUGUGGGCAUGUUUAGCCCAGAUUUCAUGCAGUUCUUGCAUCAGUCCAUUGGAGAAAACAGUGCAGGUAAAUGGAUGGUACUGGGAUCUCUGCCUCACUUUCAUCUUCUGUCUGCAGCAUGGUAAAGUGGAAAUAUUUAACUUCUUUUCCUCCUCUCAAAUCAGAUCAAACAGGCUUGGUGUUUGACAUAGGAAUCCUUCCAGUGGUGCUUUGCUAUGUCUCCAGUUUGAAGGGGGGGAAAAGCCUAGGUAGUGUUACACCAGCAUCCUUCUGCUCCUCUGUUUUGAAUAUGCUUCAGCAGAUGAGCUCAGGGACUGUCACUUUGGAGGAUUCAAAUGAGAAGCUGCUGCUCUUAGGUGGGAAAAAUGAUCCCCUCUCUCUCCUAGCUGUGAGUGGUAGAAUACUCAUUGGGGCAUAUUCCUUUUUAAGCCUUUGUCUGAAAUCUCAUUGAACCUAUUUUUUCUGUAAUAAAUUCUAGCGUUUCUGAUCAGCCUGUCUUGGCCACAGAUUUGUUGUCCAAUUAGCAUCUCCCAGACUGACUAUACUCAUUGUCUUCUAUAAAGUUCAUUUGCCUUAGAAAUGCAUUGGGGUGGCAAAGUAAAUGAAGUAGGCCUUGACCCAGGUGAAGAGAUGAGGUUACAAAGCAUUUUUUUGCCAUGAUCCCUUCUCCCCUUUUCCCUUUUGUGUGUGUGUUUGUUUUUUUAAAAAAACAAAUGGAUCAAAAUUUAAAUAAUUCAAGCCCUGCCUUUCAGAAUGGAGGGAUUUUUUUUUAGUAUUGUCUAGCAAAACCAAUAAAAAAACCCAGAAUUUUUUUAACCAUC